AUGGUCGCCCUGAAACCCAGCCUUGCCCUCAUCGCGGGUCUUCUCACCAUGGCUUCCACUGUGGUCGCCUGGGAUCCCUACUAUGACUAUUACGACGCCCGCUCGCUGGAUUUCUACGACGACUACGAGCUGCGCGGGUUCGACGAUGACUACGAGCUUCGCGGGUUCGACGACGACGACUUUGUCCUCUCCGCACGCGACCUCGCGCGGCUCAACGUCCGCGCCUCCGACAUCUCCCACGUGCUCGUGAUCCGCGCCGACCCCAACGCCGCCGCCGAAUGCAAGAAAUUCACUGACGCGUACAACGCGACAAAAAAGGACUAUGAUUCGUGGAACAAGAAGUACAAGGACGCGAGGAAGAAGAAGGAUAAGGAGGGGGAGAAGAAGGCGAAGGAGAAGAUGGAUGAGUUGAGGGAGUAUGUGGAGUAUAAUAGGGAGGAGAUGGAGAUUUGGUGUGCGAAGGCGAAUAAUCCUGGGAGUCCGGCGGCGAAGAGGAAGAGCCCUAGUCCGCCAAGGAGUAGGAGCGCUAGUCCGGCUCCUGGGAGUAAGCCUGGGAGCAGGAGUCCCAGUCCUGGGAAGAAGUAG